CGUGUUCUUGUUCUCCUGAGAAGAUCAGUUUUCAACCGAGCCACACCGCCCUCGGAGACCCGACAGGCGGGGAUCCCCCCCUCCCCUCUGGCUGCAUCUGCUCGCGUCCUCCUGCUGGAGAGAUGCCCGGGGCGGGAUGUGCUCCAGCCGCAAGAUCCUGUGGAGCCUGCUCCUGCUCUCCGUGCUGGAGUUUCUGCUCUGUGGGAUGUGUGGAGUCCUGUGUGCUCGAAAAAGAACGGGUCUCAUUAUGAUCCUUUUCUCAGCGUGCUGCAUCUGUGGUCUGAUCGCCGGGAUCUUAAACUUCCAGUUUGUCCGGGCGCUGAACAAAAGGCCCAACUCGAUGCGGUCCAUCCACCUGGCCGCCAUGACUCUGGCCUGUCUCGGGAUCUCAUCUUGUACCUUAUCCACAUGGCUCACCUGUCGACUGGCCAGCUCAGAGCAGCAGAGGAUGUUCAUGGAGAGGGAACACUCACUGCACCACUCGCAUGAGAUGACGGAAAAGGAAGUACUGGACAACUCCAGUAACGGUAUUCCUCAGGUCUCCUACAACGGACACACAGCUGCAGCUUCGCCUUGAUGGCUCCUCGCUGGAGACGAGCGGCACGCACACUGGAACAGAGACAGUCAGCGUAGUCCGCUCAACAUGUCCCCAAACCUGCUCCGAGGCGAGCCAGUUCACUCACCUUGGAGCCUUUGAUUUUUCUUCCAUCAGAAGAAGACAAAAUGUCACAAGGGCAGCUUUUGUUCUUCUGAGUAAUUAUGCAAACAUGGGUUCAAAGCUCCUCUGUCCUCAAACCAAAGCCUGGAUGGUUGAACUGUUAUUUUCAGAAUCCUUGAAAGGAUGAGCACAAACUAGGCAUGCAGCUGAUCUUUUGUUGUCCUCAUUCGGUUUCUCCCUCUAGUUUAUGGAAUGCAGAUUGAGGUAACCACCUGUAAACUGUAUCGUCUGACAAUGAAACGCUUUGUUAUGAAAACGACAAGCUACAUGCUGGAGAUGUAUCAGUGCUUGUUUAUUAAGUAUAAAUCCAAGAUAUUUUUAUAAUGCUUCUUUUAAAUGUCAUUUAAAUAAAGUAUAAAUGGCUAAUCUGA